GUGUGUGAACCUGAGAAGUCUUCCAAGAUGAUCUGGUGUGUUUUAAUGAUAGGGAUUCUACUUCCUCAGUCUUCAGCCCAUCCAGGCUUUUUUACUUCAAUUGGCCAGAUGACUGAUUUGAUCCAUACUGAGAAAGAUCUGGUGACAUCACUCAAAGAUUAUAUUAAAGCAGAAGAGGACAAGUUAGAACAAAUAAAACAAUGGGCAGAGAAGUUAGACCGACUGACCAAUACAGCAACCAAAGAUCCAGAAGGGUUUGUUGGGCAUCCUGUAAAUGCAUUCAAGUUAAUGAAACGUCUGAACACUGAAUGGAGCGAGCUGGAGAAUCUGGUCCUCAAGGAUAUGUCAGAUGGCUUUAUCUCUAAUCUGACCAUUCAGAGGCAAUACUUCCCUAAUGAUGAAGAUCAGGUUGGAGCGGCUAAAGCUCUGAUUCGUCUACAAGACACCUACAAUCUGGACACAGACACCAUCUCAAAGGGCAAUCUUCCAGGAGUGAAACACAAGUCUUUUCUAACAGCCGAAGACUGCUUUGAGUUGGGCAAAGUGGCCUACACAGAAGCAGAUUAUUACCACACGGAACUGUGGAUGGAACAAGCACUAAUGCAGCUGGAGGAAGGCGAGGUUUCUACCAUAGACAAAGUCUCUGUCCUAGAUUAUUUGAGCUACGCCGUGUACCAGCAGGGAGACCUGGAUAAGGCGCUUUCACUCACAAAGAAGCUUCUUGAACUAGAUCCUGAACAUCAGAGAGCUAAUGGUAACUUAAGAUAUUUUGAGUAUAUAAUGACUAAAGAAAAAGAUACCAAUAAAUCUGCUUCAGAUGACCCAUCUGAUCAGAAAACUACACCAAAGAAAAAAGGGAUUGCUGUGGAUUACCUGCCAGAGAGACGGAAGUACGAAAUGCUGUGCCGUGGGGAGGGUAUCAAAAUGACUCCUCGGAGACAAAAGAAGCUGUUCUGCCGAUACCACGAUGGAAACCGGAAUCCUAAAUUUAUUUUGGCACCAGCCAAACAGGAGGAUGAGUGGGACAAGCCUCGUAUUAUUCGUUUCCAUGACAUUAUUUCUGAUGCAGAAAUUGAGAUUGUCAAAGACUUAGCAAAACCAAGGCUGAGCCGAGCUACAGUACAUGACCCUGAGACGGGGAAAUUGACCACAGCACAGUACAGAGUAUCUAAGAGUGCUUGGCUGUCUGGCUAUGAAGACCCUGUGGUGUCAAGAAUUAAUAUGAGAAUACAAGACCUCACAGGACUGGAUGUUUCCACAGCAGAGGAAUUACAGGUAGCAAACUAUGGAGUUGGAGGACAGUAUGAACCCCAUUUUGACUUUGCACGGAAAGACGAGCCAGAUGCUUUCCAAGAGCUUGGGACAGGAAAUAGAAUUGCUACAUGGCUGUUCUAUAUGAGUGAUGUGUCUGCUGGAGGAGCUACUGUUUUUCCUGAAGUAGGAGCCAGUGUUUGGCCCAAAAAGGGCACUGCUGUCUUCUGGUAUAAUCUGUUUGCCAGUGGAGAAGGAGAUUACAGUACACGGCAUGCAGCCUGUCCCGUGCUAGUUGGAAACAAAUGGGUAUCCAACAAAUGGCUGCAUGAACGUGGACAAGAAUUUCGAAGGCCAUGCACCCUGUCAGAAUUGGAAUGACAGACAAGCUCCCCUCCUCGCUCCUGUUGUUCUCUAAUCCGCCUGGCACAAUUGCUGAUUAUAACUUUCAGAAGUUUACAGCUGACUAACACUCCAUUAUUAAUUUGGUCAUGAACUUCAUCCUGUGUUUUGACUGUGGACAAUCACUUAUUUUGUGGGGUUUUUUUGUUUUUUAAUUAACGAUCACAUUAUGUAAAAUUUUGCAGUUCAGUUAUCACAGGAUACAGGACAUUUAAAAUGAAGAAUCCUAAUUUUGUUGUUUAAAAGACUUUUUUUAAUCUAACCAAAAAGAAGAGACGACAACGACCAAUUGUAGAUUUUGCCACCUCUCAGUAGAUGGUGGGCCAAGCGAGGCUGUGCAUGGUGCAGACGCCUAGCCUCCUGCUCUCCCUUUGUGGGAUUGCUGAGACAGUAAUAUACUAGGACUCUAGUCUGGGCCCAAGGGGUUUGCCUCCAUCUAUUAUUCCACGUUCAUAAUUCUUAUUAUUUAAAGAAACUAUUUUUACCAAAUUUCCCUCCUCACCACUGGUGAAUUCAACUGGUUUGAGAAAACUACUUUGUUCAAAAAAGUCCUGCAUAGCAGAACUGCCCCUCACAGCUGAGAUGCUCAGACUUAGACGUUUUCUUCAAUGACUGAUCAUGUCCAGAGACUUGUUGUUCCAAGUGCCAGUACCCUGUGCCUACCACAGCAGGUGGUGGUGUUGGCAUUCUGAGUAAACACUGUGCCUUAGGAGACUGGGAGUUAAAAUGUACAGGUCCUUGUAAUGAUGAGUGAGGGAGUUGAUUUUUAAAAAGAAAUCUCUUUUAUAAAAAGCCAAAAUGUUUUUUUUUUCUUUUUAAUUCUGAAACGUGUUAUAACAGUGACCUAUUUAUGAUCUUAAAUCUUUUUUAAAAAAUGUUUCUGUGUGGUAUUUUCAUGUUUAAAUUCAAAUAUAAAACAACAGUGCUCACAGGUUAAUAUACAUUACUCCUUUACUACAUAGAGCUUAGGGUUAGUAUUUGUGGUUAGACAUUUAGUCAAUCAAAAUACGUUUCCUUGGGGUCUAGCUUGCCUGGCCCACUCCAGACUAUGAGACACUAACAGAAAGUCCGCUUUCUUCAGAGACAGUCUUGCUGUGAUUAUGAGUCUUAGCAAUAAUUAUACUCACGCUUUCUCUUA